AUGGUAAAACGAUUAGGAAUAAAACAACCAGAGAGAAAAAAUGUUACGGGUACGAUUUCUAUGAUGAAUUCCCACGAGGAGGAGCUGUCGAAAAAUGAUCACUCGGUGGCAGAUUCGGGAUUGAAGACGACUCCGAAGGGAAUCAUUUUGUUUCCGCAGCCUCAUGACAAUCCCAACGACCCGUUGAACUGGCCUAUAUGGAAACGAGACUUAUGUUUGUUGGUGGUGGGAUUUCAGACAUUUUUGGGGGGUGGACAGUCGCCACUUCUUGCGGCAGGGAUGCAUGAUUUGGCGGUGGAAUUUGACCGUCCGAUUACAACCAUAUCGUAUUUGGUCGGGGGGUUUAUGUUGGCGUUAGGGACGGGGUCGAUAUUUGCUAGUCCUACGGCCAUAUUGUAUGGUAAAAGAUUGGUGUAUCUAUUGGGGAUUUUCAUUUUCUUGAUGGGUUCCAUUUGGGCGGGGGCAGCGCCCGAUUUUGGUAACCUCAUGGGAGGAAGAAUUUUGACUGGGUUUGGGGCCUCACCAACGGAAUCGUUGCCCAGUGCCACAAUCGCUGAGAUAUACUUUGCCCAUGAGAGAGCUUAUAGAGUUGGUAUUUAUACCAUGUUGAUGUUGGGGGGCAAGAACAUCGUACCAUUGUUAUCUGCCUUAGUAUUUCAGAGUUUGGAUAGGCAUUGGCUUUUCUGGAUUUUGAGUAUGUUUCUUGGAAUGAACUUAGUCUUGACGUACUUUUUUGUACCUGAAACGUUCUGGGAUAGGUCGCCUAUUCCGAAUAAGCGGUCUUUAGAAGAAACCAAGGCAGCUCAAGCAGCGUCUGAUUAUCAUCCACCAAACGAAAGACCGAAUGCAUUUGCAAUGAGAAGACAAACAACCACGGAUUUGUUUACCACUGCAAGCUUACCUUCAACUGUUCCAACAAAUAUUAAUACUCCAGACGUUCCAAUUGGCAUACAGUCGAAUGAAAUUCCUUCAAACAUUGAAGCUAAUCAGGAAGAACCAACUUCAUUCAAAAAGAAAUUAGCAUUGUUUUCGGGGAGGCAUACCAUAGAUAGUUGGUGGAUGGUGGCCUUAAGACCAUUUUUCUUGUAUCUGUACCCAUCGAUUUUGUUUGGAUCCCUUAUUUAUUCAUUGGCUGUCGUAUGGUUGAUUGUGAUAUCAGAAACUAUUACAGGCAUCUUUCAAAGUGAAGGUUAUGAAUAUAAUCAACAAACAAUUGGUCUAUUUUACAUAUCACCUUUCAUCGGUGGAAUUCUUGGCUCAUUAUCCGCCGGUCUAAUUAGUGAUAGACUAAGUAGAUUUUUGAUUACACGGAAUGAUGGGGUUUAUGAACCAGAGUUUAGAUUAUUCAUGUUAAUACCAUCAACCUUCUUUACGGCGCUCGGAUUGAUGGGGUUUGGUUGGUCAUCCUACGAAAAGGACGUGUGGGCCGGCCCUGUUAUUUUAUUUGGUUGCAUGAGUUUUGGAAGUUCAAUGGCCAGUACUACUGCAAUUACGUUUGUUGUCGAUUCCUAUAAAAUGUUUGCUUCUGAAGCUUUAGUUUCAUUAAACUUUUCAAAAAAUUUAUUAGGAUUCAUUUUUUCUUUAUUUAAUAACGGAUUCUUUGAUGCCAAAGGUGGACGUACAACUUUUAUUGUUUACGGUGCAGUUCAAAUAUUCGUAAGCUUAUUUGGAAUACCACUAUAUAUCUAUGGAAAGAAAAUUAGAAGCUGGACAGACGAGAAAGAAAUCUUAAGGUAUUUAUAUCAUGCUGAUAACAUUCCCGCUAGCGUGAAUGAUCAUGAUUCAUUGCAUCGCUACUCGACACAAGACGGGAAUAAAGAUAAUGAAUCAUCGCCGAAUACUACCCACUAA